GCCUCCUCGCAGCCUCGUUGUCUGGCUGUGAACUCUCACCCCAGCUGCUUGGGAAAUGUCAUACAGGCAGAGGCCCGUGCUGCAGUAGGGGGGCGUAAUAGGAGGAAAAAAUAACAACAUUUCCACUGCUCUCGCCGCAUCUUCCAUUCGCAUCUCUGUCGUGCAAGCGCCACAUCCCGCUACCAGCGACAGCAGCGGCGGCCGCCAGCGACCGAUCGCAGUCUGAAUGACUAUUCUGCAUCAGAGCUAAUAUUAAAAAAAAAAUCCGUGCCAGACAUGGGAGAGAACACUGUGCUUCUUGAGAAGACGUCAGCCCAUCAAAACCAGUGGCUUGUAACGCCGAUGCCCAGUAGAAGAUGCUGGGAUUGAGCCGCGGGUCCCUUCACACUGAUGGCCUGGACUGAGUUUCAGCUGGCCUGCUGAAGCUAUGGGGAGCUGUUGGAGCUGUCUGUACAGAGACCCCAUCCGAGACAACCACCUCACCAAAUUCAAGGUCACCAAUGUGGACGACGAGGGCAACGAGCUCGGCUCCGGCGUCAUGGAGCUCACGCAGACGGAGCUCAUCCUUCACACGCGGAAGCGGGACGCCAUCCGGUGGCCGUACCUCUGCCUGCGGCGCUACGGCUACGACUCCAACCUGUUCUCCUUCGAGAGCGGCCGCCGCUGUCAGACCGGGCAGGGGAUCUUCGCGUUCAAGUGUUCGCGGGCGGAGGAGAUCUUCAACCUGCUUCAAGAGCUGAUGCAAUGCAACAGCAUCAACGUGGUGGAGGAGUCGAUGAUGAUGAGUCGCAGCGGUCACACGCCAGAGAUGGACAUGUCUCGCACGCCACAGACUCCCAACACUCCAGCAUUCCCGGUCCAGGCUUUUCCCAACGGAUACCCUGGUUAUCCAAUCAGAGGCGAUGCCUCCCAGCCCCCUCUCGCUGAUGAGCAUGGACAUAGCCUCAUGGGUUUAGAAGACCAGACCCACACCUAUGUAAAUACUGUUAGUAUGGAGGGGGACCUCUCUAUGCGUCACUGUGUGCACUCCCUCCCCGAGGUGCGACCCAGCGCCUUCCCUGAAACAACUCGUGGAGCCAUGCCUGUCGGGGGACAAGGAAACCCGCAGUCCAACCUCCGGUGCUGUCCCCUCGAGGAGCAUAAAGAUCCUCAGGUGUUCCUGCAGCCGUCCUCGCAGGAGGUCAAAUUCAUGCUGGGCCCCACUCCAGCGCAGCGCCAUCUACUGGAGAGAGAGAGGGAGCGCGAGAGGGACAGGCACGGCCACAACCCCCACAGCCUUCAGCCAGUAGAGGGCGCCACGGGCUCAGAGACGGAGGGCGACGAGCCCUCCAUGCACCUGUGCAACUCUCACUCCUACCACCAUUUCCACCAUCACGCCCACCGGCACCCGGGCCACGAGCUGUCGGACAGCUGCCAGAGCAGCGAGCUCACGUACGAGAACAUCAACGGCCUGCGCGGCAGCAGGAAGCAGCGGCUGAGCCCCAGCAGCGUGUCGCAGUCGGUGGGCUCCAGCAGCAGCAGCAGCACCGGGGACAGCCACUCCCACUCCCUCCUGCACCCCCACGCCCACGGCCCCAUGGCGCUGCCCCCGCAGGGCUACGGCUGCGAGCGGGGCCUGGGCGGAGGCCACCGCCGGACAGCUCUGCUCAACUACGAGAACCUGCCCUCGCUGCCCCCGGUGUGGGAGUACAGCGCCAUCCAGCGGAACGACGAGCAGGAGGAGGAGGACGACGAGCAGGACGAGGACGAGUACGAGGAGGAGGAGGAAGACUUCGACGAGUACGAGUUCUCCGAGGGCCCGGGGACGCCCAACGGGUACCACCAGGACGGUCGCGGCAUCCACAGAGAUGCCCUGCAGAACUAUGUCAACACCGAGCAGGUCCAGCCGCCGCGGCUGCGACACGCCUGCCCGCCGCACCCACGGCCCUGCCAGCCCGACAGGGGGGGGCGCAUCUUUAGCUUUGAUUUCCGCAGGCGAUCGAGGCCUGGGGUCGGGGGGUUCGAGCACGGCCCCAUGCCUCCGUCGCGGCAGCUCAAUUACAUCCAGGUGGACCUAGAGGGAGAAGCUCCCUGCCAAGCCCUCGGCGGCGGGGGUGCCCAGACCCAGCCGCAGCACCAGCGCCUGCCACCCAAAAAAUGUGGCCCGCAGGCACCCCGGCGCAGCGAAUGCUACGCAGUCAUCGACCUGAAGAAGACCGCCGCCAUGUCCAACCUGCAGAAAGCUCUGCCCAGGGAUGAUGGCACUUCCAGAAAGACUCGCCACAAUAGCACAGACCUGCCUCUGUAGACGAUGUUUCACACUGAGGAGGACCGGCGACGACAGAUGGAGGCUUUCCCUCAUCUUAGCACACUGGACCCUUCACUGUCAUCCAUCCAUUCAACUGUCGGGCUGACUACAGUACAUACACAGUACAGGUAUCUAAUUAGAAAUCUACUGAAAAUAUCUGUGCAUAUAUGAGGAAACCAGAAAUCUCUGAGGAGAAUUUGCCAUUUUCUUCUGUGUUAUUUAUUAGAUAAUGUGGUGUGAAGAAAUCUGCAGUUUGUGCUGCAAAUAUGGUUUGUUGGAUAUAUGGAUAUUUAUAUGUAAACAUAAAAUCAUAUGUACCUGUGCGUAUGUAUGAUUUUAUGCCCAGCUAUGACGUAAAGCAGAGACCUCUGUUUCAGUGGAAGCACUCAUUGCCAUCGUCUGUUACCAAAAUUGAACUCGAACUCAUCUCCACCUACAAUCAAUAAUAUUCUUUUAGUUGUGCUACAUCUGUGUAGAUUUCCUUUACUCAGACACCACGAGAGUCAAAAAGGUGACCUCGUUAUUAAAGACCUAGAGAAGCAGGAAGGUUAAGGGUUCACGACAAUGUUCAUACCUCAUUACAAGCAUCGUGUUGUGGCUGGUAGACGAGACCCUUCUUUGUUUCUUUAAACCUACGGAGCAUUUUGCACACAAUCCUUUGGAAUUGUAUUUAGCGUGUUUUGAGACUAGCUUUGUCCGACUGAGGUAGGAAAGCGGCACCGUUUGAAGCGAACACGCGUCGGCAUGUGGAGAGCGAUGGUCACAGUAGCACACGCGGCUCCGGCCGCCUCCUGUCCACAUGAAGUAGCACCUCGCCUCCAGUCGCGUCGCGGCGCGUCGUCCCUGAUCUGCAGCAGCUCCACCUGAUCUUUGUCACAUUGCACUUUUGACCCCGGGCCGCUGAAACCCUCGAUCUCUCAGCUUCAGAUCGACGGGAGCCACAGGUUCCAUCGUGUCCUUUCACCAAAAGCAGGGGAGCAAAUACUUCAUGGUAGAUAGGGUUUCUUUAGAUGUUUAAAUGGAGGCGCCGUGACCUCAGAUAGUGGCAUUAAGCUAUAACCUCACAGACAGUGUGCUGGAUCUCUAAUUUGUCAGUUAUCAGGUGUGAAUGAACUUUAUAAAAAAGUAACUAAGUAUGUCGCAAAGUCCAACGGUAAAUAUUUUUGUGUGGCUCUUUUUGAAAUAUUUAUUUAUUUAUGUCAUUUUUUAUUUAUUCAUUUUUUUUCUUACUGUAAUAAUUUAAUUUUCCAUGUAAGGACCAGCGUUUUUGUACAUUCAGUCGAUAUUAUAGAGACCAAAGUUUCACCUCAAAUUCAUCACUGGACUCUGGUGUUUUGCUGUUAUAUCUGUGCUUAAUUCUAUUUUGACAAAAACAGAGACUGUAUUUAUAUUUUAAGUGCCAAAACUUAAUUGCAAACUGUAUGAAGAGUGAAAAAAUCAAACGUGCCAUUAGGAUUUGUAGAACGGAGACACACAAGGUCUGGAUACACACUUAGAACACAAAUGCAUGGAUCCAACUUCUUAAGCAUAUUAGAAUUUAAAAUAAUAAACGCACACACACACACACACACACACACACACACACACACACACACACACACACACAUGCACACACAUAUGCGCCACCUCAUCGACAUCAACUCAGCCGCUUUGGAGUGAGACCUAAAAAGGCAACAUUGUCGUCUGAUAAUCACAGCUGGGGUGGUUUUAUGCUGCUACGUGUACAUGCUGACAGUAGCUCACACACGCUACAGGUUCUUGUCAAAACGAAACCUUCUGUGAUGUCAGACCCUUUACCAUAUUUUAAUAGAAGUAGCAUUGUUGUGCUGUAACGUACGAUUUCAGAGAAUGUCUUUGGCCAAAUUUCAGUUAGAGAAGGAAAAGUAAGGGAAGCCCACGGAUGCUGUCAUGUUACGUUGACCUCUCAUUACUUUCUAUAUAUUUUCAUGUGACUGAGAAAGGCCAGACCUUCUAGAUUUCUACAUGUAUAAGCCUUAGAUGAAGUCAUUUUUUGUUUUCACGGAGCAGCCAGACGUGACCAUGGGACACAUACAAAGUCUCAGCUUCUGAUGUGGAGGAUGUUUGGCUUCUGUGUGACCCUUAAAAGUGUCAAAGCAGAUAAACUGAGAUGUAAAGUAAAUGUUCAUUCUUCAGAAUAAUUUGUGCAAAGAAGCAGCUUGUGUUUGUGAGGCACUUUUCAAACUGAGUCUAGUUUUAGAUAAGUCACACAUCUCAUCUUUACUUACGUAAAACACACUUACGUGUGACUGGAACACUGUUCAUCUGAUGUGAUGUGAAAAUAGAAGAAAUGGAUUGAAUCCAUUUGCUAAUUAACGUUUCCAACACAGGAGCCUUAAACAACCUGAAAUCAAAAACUGAUUGUUUUGUAUUUUUGCUGUGAAUCUUCAUCAAAUGUCUCUAAAAUUAGAAAACCAACCUUUAGCUCGUCCCAACGCUUCGGACGUCACGGACUGUACUCACACAGACAUUGUCACGACACAUCGGAGGGAUGUUUACAUUUUUGCAAUAAUCAGUGAAUUCUUGUUUUGUCGCUCUGCAGGUGUGAAAAUUUAACUAGUAGUCUAUAGAGCUGUGGGCUUAACGUAUUUAACCGCCUGUUCUUCUGUGAAUCAGCAGUCUUAUCAUUUCAGGUACUACGAUUCCCUUUCAACCUUCAUGGUGUGAUUGUAGCUAUGGAAAAAAAGAAAAAGUUGAUAUUUUCUUUCCUCGAUUGUCCGACUGUGUUAACUUAUCUCACAUUUCCAGUGCCAUACAGUAGUUGACCAUUGCCAGUACCGAAAUGAAAUUUAAUUGUGUUCAGAGUUUAUUUAAAGUUAUAAGUGCUGCAUUUAAAAAAAAAAAGAGAACUCCAUGUUUAAAUGUGUUGACUAUCUUUGUUAUAACGCAGUAACCUCACCACCACCCAAACAGUUCACAGUGACUGCAGCAUCAUUACAUACUCCUGAGCAGUAAUCUAAAUAAAUAGAUGUUAAAGAAUAGUUUUUCAGCACUAAAAUCCUCUCAUGUGAUCUCAUUGCACUUGAGUUCGAGCGAGACGCAACUGCCACCUCAUUACUCGUUGUGAUUGGCUUGGUGCUGAUGCUGAUGUCCAGCUUUUAAUUUCCAUGACCUUCAGUGUAUCUGCUCGAGGAGGGAUUCACGCAGGCGUCUGUGAAGCCGUUAGCGCUGCUCUCGAUCGGAUCCGCUGGUGCAAUCUGACGUCGGGUUGACAAGUCCUGGCACUAAGUCCACCCCCCCUCGAAAAACUGAAUUAAGGAACCGAUUGUUUAGCAAAAGGGCUUGCGCUGUGUUUACUGUACCAAUGUAAACGUGAGUCCAAGAAAUUUCUUACUGUGCCUUUCAUAUUCAGGCUAGAAAACAUCUUGACCACUGUUUCUGAAGGUGGCUGCUCUAAAGGGAAAUGUCACCACCUGCUAAAGUUAAAAGUUGUCUUUUAACAAAAAUGUGCCAACGUCUCAUUGUUUGAUGCCAAAACGAUUUAAAACAACAUCUGCUAAAGAAACGAUUUAUUGUUUUGGAAGAUUUUCUUGCUGUGAGUUAAAUGAGAAGAUGGGCCCACAGAACUAAAGCUUAGUGUGAUCUGCAGUAAAUUCAUGUCUUGUGUGUUCAAUACACGCAAUCAUCAACAAAAAUGAAAGUAGCAGUUUAAUAAAACCUGACUAAACAGGACAUCUGGUGUGUCACAUUCAGCAUAUGGAGAACGUCAACGUUUCCACCUAACAUCCAGCAAAAAUCCCCAAACCACGUUUCCCUCCUGUAAAUGAAAAAUGUAACGGAUCAGAAUUUGUGCGGUUUUGCGCGAGAUCGAAAAACCUGUUGAGAAGUUUGGGGUGUGCAGUGAAAUAGCCAAAAUUCAGUGUGACUGGACAGGUGUGGAACCAUGAGUCGUAUGUUCUGUAGCAUAUAAUGUUAAUUCUGUGUGUUUGUCAUUAUAAUGUGGCUAUGGUGCACUCCAUGACGAUCUGAUCUCUCAUCAGCUGCCAUUUCUUCUCAUAGUGCUGAAGAAUGUGGAAAUAAACCUCAUUUCACAUAUUUUGCUUUUUUGUGUACUUUUCUCUUCGACCACUUGAAACGUGUAAGAUACUGACGAAAACACGACCGAGACUAGAAGGUUCUAGUGAGAACAGACAGCGUAGUGCUACACGUCGCCAUCAUCUGGAGUGAACAUAUCAUCAGCCAUCAUGAUGCGAAUGACAUCGUGGAACAUAAACUUCCAGUUGACGCGACAGAUAAACACUGAAAGACUCAGACAACUGUAAAGUCUCUUCUUCUUGUGUAUUUUCUUACCCUGCAUUGUUUCUGUCUGCUUCGAGGGUCUGAGCUGUACUUUUCCUGUGACAGAUUUGUGCGUUUAAAUGCAGGUCGCUCUCGGCCUCAACUUUUUGUGACUAUUACACCGAUUUGUGAAUCGAAUGAGUGCCAAAUACGCUUGAGCAUGACACAAAUGGGGGCCUCCGGGACAUGCGGGACCUGCGGGGACCUGCGGGGACCUGCGAGGACCUGCGGGACCUCAUCCAGUGAGGUGCCAGUGACUCACUGCUGCUGUUGUGACGCGAAUGCGCAGCUGAAAGUUGAACUACGCUCAAUAGUUUUUCGCUGGAAGAGGGAAAACUGUUUCUGACUCAGUUUGGGAAACUUUCUCAAACAUCUGUUGUGUGUCUCUGUGUCCACCCAUGGAUUGUGACCGAGUAUGCAGUGAAGGUCUUAUUGUGCUGCCUUCAACAGAAACACUCGGGUCAUCCUCAUUCCACAGAGGGGCGGCGUGUGUCAUCUGACCUCCUCAUCGUCCUAAAAACAAAGCAAGCCUGACAUUUGGUGAAUUUUACCCUAAGUUUUAUCAAAUAUCGAGUGUGGAUUUGUCCAAAAUGUAAAAGUAAAUGUAAUUCUAAUAUUAAAAUGAAGCUAUAAAAAUACCACCUGCAUUAAA